UAUAAAACACACGGUUCCACACGCAUCAUCGCCAUUCCAUUUUCUCCGAAGGAUUAAUUACUUCUCGUCUCCACCGGAAAAGCUCGCCGGCGGCGAUGGCGAGCGCGAUGAACGGCUGCGGCGGCGGAGGCGGCGGCGGCGGCGGCGGGGUGAUGAAGAGGAUGGGCCUUCUCCGUGUGCAGUACUACUGCGUGAUGGGCUUCGUCGCCGCCGCCGUCGUGCUCGCCACGCUCCGCUACAUGCCUGCCCCCGCCACCGCGCCCCCCACCGUCGACGGCGGCGGCGCAACCGUCCGCUCCUCCGCCGCCACCGUAGACUCAGCCGCGGCGGCGGCGGCGGCUGCUCCCGGCGGCGGCGGGGUGGAGCGGGGCAAGGGCAAGCGGAAGCACGUGUGGAGCGGGGAGGAGGAGGAGGUGGCGGCGGAGAAGAAGGCGGCGGCCGGGGUGGUGGUGUUCAACUUCGGCGACUCCAACUCCGACACCGGCGGCGUGGCGGCGGUGAUGGGGAUCCACAUCGCGGCGCCGGAGGGCCGCGCCUACUUCCACCACCCCACCGGCCGCCUCUCCGACGGCCGCGUCAUCCUCGACUUCAUCUGUGAGAGCUUGAACACUCACCACCUCAGCCCGUUCAUGAGGCCACUGGGAGCGGAUUACAACAACGGUGUGAAUUUCGCCAUCGCCGGCUCGACGGCAACACCGGGAGAAACCACAUUUUCGCUUGAUGUGCAGCUUGAUCAGUUCAUAUUUUUCAAGGAGAGAUGCUUGGAGUCCAUCGAAAGAGGUGAGGAUGCCCCAAUUGAUAGCAAAGGGUUUGAAAAUGCCCUCUAUACCAUGGACAUAGGGCACAAUGAUUUAAUGGGCGUUUUGCACUUGUCCUAUGAUGAAAUUCUUCGAAAGCUUCCUCCCAUAGUUGCUGAAAUCAGGAAAGCCAUUGAGACUUUGCAUAAGAAUGGGGCCAAGAAGUUUUGGAUACAUGGAACGGGUGCAUUGGGUUGCCUGCCUCAGAAGCUUGCUACGAGGGGGGAAAUUGAUCGUGAUCUCGACGAGCAUGGCUGCAUCACAAGAAUCAACAAUGUUGCCAAGAGGUUCAACAAGUUGCUGAGCGAAACCUGCGAUGAUCUGCGCUUGCAAUUCGCAAGCUCGACGAUCGUCUUCGUGGACAUGUUCGCCAUCAAGUAUGAUCUUGUUGCCAACCACACGAAACACGGGAUUGAGAAGCCAUUGAUGACAUGUUGUGGACAUGGAGGGCCCCCUUACAACUAUGAUCCGAAGAAAAGCUGCACGGCCAAUGACAAGGACCUGUGUAAGCUUGGUGAGAAGUUCAUCAGCUGGGAUGGGGUCCACUUCACCGAUGCUGCAAACGAGAUCGUUGCUUCUAAAGUGAUAAGUGGCGAAUUUUCCAUUCCUAGGAUCAAGCUGACCGCCAGCGUUGUCAGGCCCAAAAAGGCUAAAAAUUCGCGGUUAUGAAAAAUUAAGAUUAUUUUGGUUUCCCAAAGGAAAUGGUGAAGGUGAAUCACUAACAGAUCUGGCCAACAGAAGGGAAUUCAUUUGAUUUCAGGCCCUUUUCGGUCAUUGAGGAAGAACAGAAUAUGAAGAAUUUCAAAAUUUUAUUUUUUUUGUACACUUGGGGUGUGUGUGUAUAUCCUAGGGGGUUGAUACGUGCAGGUUAAUACUAUGUAUAAUUCUUUUCUUUAAUUUUGAUAAAUAAAUAGAGAUGAAUCUAUAAAUUUAAAUCAGAACUCCCCUUGCA